CGCCCGCGCUCUCUUUCGGUUUGGUCCGCCGCGGGAGGAGAGUGCACCCCCCCACUUGGAGGCUUUUUCCUCGGCGCGUCCCCGCCGCCCCCCGGUCCCGGCGCGGGGCUCGGGGAUGCCCGCCAGCAUGUUCAGCAUCGACAACAUCCUGGCCGCCCGGCCGCGCUGCAAGGACUCGGUGCUGCCGGUGGCGCCCAGCGCCGCGGCUCCCGUCGUCUUCCCGGCCCUGCACGGGGACUCGCUCUACGCCGGCGGCGGAGCCUCCUCGGACUAUGGCGCCUUCUAUCCGCGCCCCGUGGCCCCCGGCAGCGCAGGCCUCCCGGCCGCGGUCGGCGGCUCCCGCCUCGGCUACAACAACUACUUCUACGGGCAGCUGCACGUGCAGGCGGCGCCCGUGGGCCCGGCCUGCUGCGGAGCCGUGCCGCCGCUGGGCGCCCAGCAGUGCUCCUGUGUCCCGACGCCCCCAGGCUACGAGGGCCCCGGCUCGGUCCUGGUGUCCCCGGUGCCGCACCAGAUGCUGCCCUACAUGAACGUGGGCACACUGUCGCGCACCGAGCUCCAGCUCCUCAACCAACUUCACUGCCGGCGGAAGCGGCGGCACCGCACCAUCUUCACCGACGAGCAGCUGGAAGCGCUGGAGAACCUCUUCCAAGAGACCAAGUACCCAGACGUGGGUACACGCGAGCAGCUGGCCCGGAAGGUGCACCUCCGUGAGGAGAAAGUGGAGGUCUGGUUUAAAAACCGCCGUGCCAAAUGGAGGCGGCAGAAGCGGUCCUCGUCGGAGGAGUCAGAAAACGCCGAGAAGUGGAACAAGACGUCGUCGAAAGCGUCGCCGGAGAAGAGGGAAGAGGAAGGUAAAAGUGAUUUGGACUCGGACAGCUGACGGCCUCGGGCCGCCGCGGCACUUGCCUAACUCGAAGGACUUGCACAGACAGACGAUGCUACUUUCUUGCACACGCGCUGCCUUGAGGGAGGGGGUCGAGAAAGAGGAACGAGGAUCUGUAAAUAGUGUAUAGAGCGGGGAGGGUGCGCGCCUGGGGUCGGCCGCGCCGGGGCUUGCAGCCCUGCGGUCCCAGGCCGCGGGCACCUCGCUCCCCACCGUAGUAUUUAUAGUUAAGUUAACGGUGACAAUACAAUAAAGUGAUGGCGAUGUAGACGGGCCACAUUCUGUAUUUCGUACCCCACCACCAGCACCAUCUGAGGCCUGAAAAGAAAUCUCUAGUCUGUAGCUUCGGAAGAAAAAUUGGGCGGCUCUGAC